AUGGAUAAAGAGAUUCGACAGAUCAUGGCGCACUACACGCCACUCGAGAAUCAAAUGGACGACCACAACAACCAACCGCCGUCGCGCCCUGCACGAGUCGAAAAGAACAUUUUCUUGCCAGUGACGAACAUUGAGAUGAGCGAUUUCUAG